CGCUCAAAAGCACCUCUUAUUCAUCGCUCCGCCGCUCCACCGAUCAAAACUAUAACCCUUUCGCGGAUGAACACAGAAAGAUCUGCAUUUUUUUUUGAGGAUAGAGCAAUCUGUCUUGGAGAAUGAGUUGGUGGAGGCUUAGGGUUCAUUUGGUACAUGUGUUUUAACACAUGUUUUCAGUUUUUAAACAACAUUACACGAAUUUCCACACACUUCUUCACUCACACGUAUUUCCAAAAAAUAUAAACAACGUUACUAAAACAAUAUUACCAAACAACACCUUAGUUUUUGAUGUCAACACCAUUGUAUGAAAUUCUAGUCUUGUUUAAGUGUCCUUCUAAAUAUUGCAUCUUAUAAUACACUGAUUGCAGGAUAUUGCAAUAAGGCUCUUUUGACCUUUGCGAUAAAGCUUAAAAACUCAAUGGGGAAGAAUGGGGUCCAUCCGAAUGUGGUUACAUUUAACACACUCAUCUAUGGGUUUUGCAAGGAAGAAGAAUUACAUGAAGCUGGUAAGGUUUUCAAUGAGAUGAAAGCAGUGAAUGUUUCUCCUAAUACUGUGACCUACAAUUCCUUGAUAAAUGGGUAUAGCCAAGUGGGUAGCAGGGAGAUGGGAGUAGGCUUGAUGAUGAGAUGUUGAGGAGUCAAGUUAAGGCUGAUAUCUUGACUUAUAAUAUAUGCCUUGAUUUUGGGACCAUGCAAGGAGGGUAAGACAUAGAAAGCAGUAUAUCUGGUUAAAGAACUUAAUAAGGAGAACUUAGUACCAAAUGCCUCGACCUUUUCUGCCCUUAUUAGAAGUCAGUGUGUGAGGAAGAGCUCUGAGUGUGCCUUUCAGCUAUAUAAAAGCAUGGUAAGGAGUGGUUGUCAUCUGAAUGAACAAACUUUCAAGAUGUUGAUAUCAACCUUCUGCAAGAAUGAGGAUUUUGAUGGAGCAGUUCAAGUCUUGAGGGAAAUGAUUGAGAGAUCUAUGACUCCUGAUUCAGGCAUCUUAUCUGAAGUUUUUGUUGGACUUUGUCAGUGUGGAAAAAGUCAAUUGGCAAAGAUGUUAUGCAAUGAGAUGGAAGCUAGACAUCUUAUUCCAGCAGGUUUUGAAAAAUCUAAAACCAUCAACUUUGGGGCUGAGAAUGAGAACAAAGCAUCUGGGGAUAACUGGUAAGGCUGAAUGCAGGGGUCUUCAAUUCAUGGGGUCAAUUGUGUGAUAGGUUCGACGCGUAUGGACAACUCUUUUGUUGUGUUACCAAAGCAAAAACCCCAGCAGCAGCCACAAGCGAUUCCUCCUCGUCCUCAUGCUGGGGCUGGAGCUGUCCAGUCAGAUAUUAGCCAGCCUGGGAGACAAUGUAAGAAUCAUUUCUGGGUUACCAUCUCCUGAAGGAUGAUCCAAUGUUCCUUUGCAGCCUCACAACUUGGAGUUCUACUUGACUAUAACUGUGCUCAAACUUGCAUUUGAGAUUGCCCCAAUUCAGACCCAGGUUGAGCAACCUUUAUGUCUUGAAUGCAUGAGAGCGUUGUCUGACAGACUUGACAAGGAGGUUGAAGAUGUGAAUGGGGACAUUGGAGCAUAUGAGAGUCUACUACAAAGGAUGAUCAAGCUAAUAAAUGAGUGUGCUUGCGCUGCUGCACUCAACAAUACUCAAUCGCAACCUCCAAUUCCUAAUACUAAUGUUUUUCAAUUUAUGGCAAAGAUCACUGACAAUUCUGAUGAGGCAAAGUGUCAAAGGAGGAAGCAAGCAAAUAUAGAAUCAGCUAAACGGUCUAGAAAAAGAAAACAAGACUUGAUGAAAAACCUUGAGAAAGAGGUUGAAGUUCUUAAGAAUACAGCCUUAGAAUCAUCACAGGUUCGCCGGGAGCUUAAAGAAAAGUGUGACAAAGCUCAUUUUGAGAAUAGAAUUGUAGUAAUUGAUUAUGUGACAAUACCUUUACUGUUCUAUAAGACUGAGAUGCAACUUAUGAGAGUGACAGGGUGCCACCCGCUUAAUGACCCAGUUUUUAUUUCUAUGGCUAACAAGGUGGGUUUGAAUUUGUCGGAUGUUAGAAGAAGCUUGCUACGUGCACCUGCAUAUCCGGGCAAAGUUGGCAUGCAGCAAGUGCAAAAUCAAAAUUUUCCACAUACUAGUUUGCAUGGGGCCAUGCAAUAACCAAUAGAAUAAGUAUUAGUUCAGAUUUAUUGUAUUGAUUUGUAAAACAUCUUUCUAAAUUUUAUUAUGAUUUAGUUAAAUCACCACUGGUUGAUUUGGAUGGAAGUACUUAUAACGUAGGAUUUGGGUUUCAAUUUCUAGUUCAAAUGACUUGAAUGAUAUGUUUGCCUUUUCUAUUGAUGAAAUUUAUGGAUGGUUGAGCUUUAUUAA